CCGCGCGGCCCCGCCCCUGCCUCUCCUGCGCAGGGGCCGCCGGAGCCGCCGGAGCCGCCGCGCCCGCCCGGCGCCGGGGCCGCCGCCGCCCCGCCAUGUCCGAGGCGGGCCAGGAGCUCGUCCACCUGGUGUGGGGCAAGAAGGCCGGGCCCCGCGGGCUGGCCGACACCAUCUUCUGCCGCUGGGCGCAAGGAUUUGUUUUUAGCGACUCUGAAUCAACUGCAUUAGAACAAUUUGAAGGUGGCCCUUGUGCAGUGAUAGCACCUGUACAGGCAUUCCUUUUGAAGAGGCUUUUUACCAGUGAAAAGUCUACUUGGAGAGACUGUCCAGAAGAGGAGCAGAAGAACCUUCUCUGUCAUACAUUAUGUGAUAUUUUGGAAAUGGCUUGCUCUGAUAAUUCUGAGUCGUACUGUCUGGCAACAUGGAUAAGAGGAAAAACAACCGAAGAAACUGCCAGUAUUUCUGAAAGUCCUGCAGAAUCUAGUCAUCAAGAGGAGCAACCUUCUGCCUUGGCUGUGGAAGAGCUUGGCUUUGAGCGAUUUCAUGCAUUAAUUCACAAACGAGCAUUCAAAAGCUUCCCUGAACUGAAGGCUGCAGUUUGGGAUCAAUAUUCAGCAUGGACAAACAGAUUUGGAGUGUUGCUCUUUCUGUAUUCUGUAAUACUGACAAAGGGUAUAGAAAACAUAAAAAAUGAAAUUGAAGAUGCAACUGAGCCAUUGAUAGAUCCUGUUUAUGGUCAUGGAAGCCAAAGUUUGAUUAAUCUGCUGUUGACUGGACAUGCUGUUUCUAAUGUGUGGGAUGGAGACAGAGAAUGUUCAGGAAUGAAACUUCUUGGCAUACACAAACAGGCAACAGUAGGCUUUUUGACGUUGAUGGAAUCGCUGAGAUAUUGUAAGGUUGGCUCCUAUUUGAAAUCUCCAAAAUUUCCCAUUUGGAUACUUGGCAGUGAAACGCACCUCACAGUCUUCUUUGCCAAGGACAUGGCCCUUGUUGCUCCUGAAGCACCUUCGGAACAAGCAAGAAGAGUUUUCCAGACAUAUGACCCUGAGGAUAAUGGGUUUAUACCUGACACACUGCUAGAAGAUGUAAUGAAGGCUCUGGACCUUGUUUCAGAUCCUGAAUAUGUAAACCUCAUGAAGACCAAAUUAGACCCAGAAGGACUGGGCAUCAUACUACUGGGUCCCUUUCUGCAAGAAUUCUUCCCUGAGCAGGACUCCAGGGUUUCAGAGUCAUUCACUGUUUACCAUUACAAUGGACUGAAGCAAUCUAAUUAUAAUGAAAAGGUCAUGUACGUGGAAGGCACAGCAGUUGUGAUGGGCUUUGAGGAGCCCAUGCUGCAGACGGACGACACUCCGGUGAAGCGCUGCUUGCAGACCAAGUGGCCGUACAUAGAACUGCUCUGGAGCACGGACCGCUCCCCUUCCCUGAACUGACGGCGGCCGCGAACAGCACCCGGCCUUCGGAUCCCCCGCGGGAGCCGGAGCCGCGGCUCGCUCCGGGAGUGCCACACUUUGACUGUGCGGAGUCAUACACUGGCAUCACUGAGGAAUUGUAAAUAAUGAUUACAAACACUUUUUCAGUGUUAAUUGGAAUAUUUAAUUUUUUAAUCAGAUUGAUUUCUAUUAUAAUAGUUUGUCUUUUUUGGCCACUGUAGUACUGUUAAUGUGAGUUAUCCUUAAAAAAAAAAAAGCCUACUUAUAAAGUCUUACCGUUAUUUUGCCAUCUCAUAAAGAUUUGAAAAAUUCUGAUAUUGCAGAAUCUGCAUAUUAGAUGUCAGAUCUUUAAACAUAAAACAUAUUCAACUUUCUCAGAAUCAUAUAGGCAUGUUUUAUUAUUUAAAUUAUAUUAGCUUACAUUACAGUACCAUAAUGUGUGGACUAGACUGGCCUUUGCACUGGAUAUGUUUUAAUGAAUUUAAAUUUUCUGCAGUUUUUCCUAAAAUCUAAUUUUACCUAAAGAGCUUGCACAAUGUGACAUAAAUAAGAUACAUUUUUAGGAAUAAGUAUAAUUCUUAAAUACUCUUUCUUGGCAGUUGUAUAUUACUGUGGCUUAGUUAUUGGGCAUGUUAAAAGUGAACAGAAAAUCUGAGGAAAAAAUAAAUAUAUUAAUAUUUAUUUGAAUUUGUAUAAAUGAAAUGUAAAAACAGCAGAAUUUCUUGUUCUGUAAUCUCUAAACUAUUCAAAACUUACAAUAUUGCCAAAUACCUCUUCUUAAUUUGUCCAAACAGCAGUGUAAGCCAGCAUUACUGUAUGUGUUAAGUGCAUGAGAACAUCUGUUAUUACAUUAUUAUAUUCCUUUAUUUAUUAUCAACUUCUUAGCCCUAAAAUAAAAUCUUUUCCUUGAAUCAUA